GCCGGUGUAGAGCAAUGGUCAGUAGCGUCAACAUGGCGUCGUUGGAUGUCAUUGUGGAUAAGUUGGUGGUACUGUGGAGGAUACCUGCCGUCCGACAGAAGUUCCCCUGGAGUUUUUUGCUCAUCUCGGUCGUGGGGUCCGUCCUGAAAGAGCUGGAGCUCGUCCCGCAGACGUAUUUCAGCAGCAGCAAAAACGCCCUGAACGUGUAUUUUGUUAAAGUGUCCUGGGGCUGGACGCUGCUGCUGCUAACCCCCUUCCUCCUCCUCUCCAAUGCCUCCUUCAACAGGAGUGUCUCCUUUCUCGCCCGGCGGCUGCUUUCUCUGGUGGUGGCAACAGCUGUCUGGUACGUCUGCACAGAGACCUUCUUCUACAUCGAGGAUGUGACCGGUUCUUGUUACAAAAACAGCUUGGUAAAGGUUGAUUACAAGGAGUUCACAUCGAAAGCUGUAUGCAGGCGAGCCGGAUUCCACUGGGUUGGCUAUGACAUCUCAGGACACUCCUUCAUUUUGGCGUACUCCGCCCUCUUCAUCAUGGAGGAAAUUGCCCCGAUGAGCUCUCUCAAUACCACCAGCUUGUCUGGACUUCCCAGGAAGGUCUUGAGCCUGCUGUAUAUAGCCUUGAAUCUUAUCAUGAUCAUUUGGGUGUGGAUGUUCAUGUGCACCUCUGUUUAUUUCCAUGACCCAUCUCACAAGUUGUUAGGAACCAUAUGCGCCCUGCUGGGGUGGUAUUUAACAUAUCGGGUUUGGUAUGUAAAGCCAAUGUCACCAGGACUUCCCCCUCAGCGCCACCCAAAAGAACAGAAGCCACAUGCCUAAGC